GCAGUAUUCAGCCGGUGCGACUACAAAGGUCCGCGAGCAUACAAUCAAAAUAACAAUGCGCGAUGGGUAUGAGAACGAAGCAAUCGUGUAUCAGUCCGCCUCGCGUUCCUCAUCACCGAGUCCACUGAUCGUACUCUGCUAUGGUGGCGGCUUCGUUUUAGGGAUCAACAAGCAGUACGCAGCAACUGCACGAGCUGCUGCGUUGCUGUACGGAGCUACCGUCGCCAAUAUCUCAUAUCGUCUCGCUCCUGAAAACCCUUUUCCCACUCCAGCCAACGACGUCUGGGACAACAUUGAGUGGCUCGCCGGGAACGCUCAUACCCUCAAUGCCGACCUUUCCGCUGGGUUUAUCCUCGGCGGCGGAUCUGCUGGCGCCAAUCUUGCAGCGGUAACAAUGCACAAAGCCACCAGAACAAACCUGACUCCUCCAUUGACAGGACUCUAUCUCGCGGUCCCGUUCUUGUUGAUGGAGGACAUUGUUCCGGACCAAUACAAGAGUCUGUGGAUUGCAAGAGAACAGAACUCCAAAGCGCCAAUCCUGAACGAGGACGCCCUCAAUGGUGUCAUGGCCGCCUACCAGCCGCAUGCGAAAUCUCCUGACUUCUCUCCUUUCAACGAUCCGGAAUCGUUCUCGAAGUUGCCUCGCACAUAUGUACAAGUGGCUGGACUGGAUCCUCUCUGUGAUGACGGUCUUGUCUAUGAGAGAGUGUUGAAAGACCAUGGCAUCGAGACCCGACUUGACGUCUAUCCAGGAGUCCCCCAUGGUUUCAACGGCAUGUUUCCGCAUCUGAAGCAGAGCAAAAGGUUCGACAUUGAGACGGCUGUAGGGCUUAGAUGGCUUCUGAGGGCUGAAAAGGACAGAGAAAGAGUCAAGGCCUUCUUAAUAGACAUGCGCGGAGGUGCAUGAGCUGUGAUACAGAUAACGAGUCUGAUUGGAGAUUAGUUCCGGAAGCGUUAGGAUUCUUCUCAAUCAGUAUUUGCUGUUGCUUGAUGGGACCCAGAAUUAUGCUUUAGAAAUCAGACGACAUAGAAACUGCAAGGCUUGGUUGGUUCUUGCGGAUCCGAACAGCAUCCCGAAGAAGAGUGUCCC